GGAGGGAAGCCUAUAAAAUGCACAGUUUGCAUGGUUAGACUUGACAAGAAUCAAGGGAUAGAGUUCAUUUGAGUGGGAAGAAGAGAGUAAGGCAGAGACAGACUCAUAGAGUGAGACAGAGAUCUUAGGGAGAAGGGGAUAGAGAGAGAUAAAAAGAGUGAGGUGUAGACAGAGAAGAAACGAGAUAGAGGGAUAGAGAGAGAGAGAGAUAAAGGAAAGAAAGUGUAAGUAAGAGGGUGAUACAGAGAUUGAGAGAGAGACCACUGUCUGUGUAACCCUGUCCAGCAGAACCAUGAGUGGAUGCCCGUACUUCCAGAACAGAGAUGUCCUGUUUCAGAGCCGCCUUCAGCAGAAGAACGAGGAGGAAAGGGAUGACUCUCAGGAGGGAACCAACAAAGCCAGUAAAGGAGGGAUCAUCUAUGGAGAAUACCUGCAGCUGGAUAAGAUUGUGGCUGCUCAAUCUCUCCAGAGUGAAUUGAAAGGCAAUAAGAUUCAUGAUGAGCACCUAUUCAUAGUUACCCACCAAGCGUAUGAGUUAUGGUUUAAGCAGAUCUUGUGGGAGCUGGACUCAGUGAGGGAUAUCUUCAUAAGCGGAGAUGCGCGAAAUGGACGUAACAUGUUGAAGGUGACCACACGUACCCACAGGAUCAUCACAAUCUUUAAACUCCUGGUCGACCAGUUUGCUAUUCUAGAGACUAUGACUGCUUUGGACUUCUUUGACUUCAGGGAGUACCUGUCUCUAGCCUCUGGCUUCCAGAGCCUGCAGUUCCGUCUCCUGGAGAACAAGUUUGGCGUUUCCAGUGACCGGCGGGUUUACUACAACCGGCAGCACUACCGGGACAACUUCUAUGGCCAGGACAGCGAGCUGCUGCUCUGCUCUGAGCAGGAGCCCACGCUGCUCCGGGUGGUGGAGCAAUGGCUGGAACGUACCCCAGGCCUUGAGGAGAAAGGAUUCAACUUCUGGGGAAAACUGGAGGCCAACAUCACUGAGGGACUGAAGAGGGAGAGAGAGAAACUAGAGAUGAGACCAGAGUCAGAGGACAAAGAUGAACAGAUGAAGGAUUUCAUAAAGCAGAGAGACCUGUUUACAUCCCUGUUUGAUGAGCAAAGACAUGAAGACCUGAUGAGUAAAGGUGAGCGGCGGCUCUCAUAUAAAGCUUUGCAGGGCGCUCUCAUGAUCUACUUCUACAGAGAAGAACCUCGCUUCCAGGUGCCGUUCCAGCUGCUGACCUCACUGAUGGACAUCGACUCCCUCAUGUCCAAAUGGAGAUACCACCACGUGUGCAUGGUGCACAGGAUGAUUGGCAGUAAGAUGGGAACAGGUGGAUCCUCAGGGUACCAUUACUUGCGUUCCACCGUGAGUGACCGUUAUAAGGUGUUUGUGGACUUGUGUAACCUGGCCACCUUCCUGGUACCGCGCCACUGGGUGCCCAAGCUCAACCCCACAGAGGACUCCUUCCCCUCCACCGACACCUGCUGUGACAGCUCCUACUGCAGUAACAGCAGCGAAGACUCCGACUAGACAUGGGGCGGGGGCCGAUAAGACUGGGUGAAAGGGGUAUCAGAUUGCUGAGUUAAGUUAACAGUCACAAAAAUAACUGUUAUGAUCAUUUAAAUUUGAUUUAAUGUUUACUCUGUUUUAUACUUUUACACUGAACUUUUCUAGAAAAAGAAAUGGGACAAUGAGAAAUUA